AUGGGAGCCCAGAGUCCACCGAUGAUGACCAGCCCUCACAGUUACAACGAAGCUCUGAAAAGGAAUCUACAGGGUAUGAUGGAGGAUUGUAACCUGUCCUACAUGUCAGGUGACGACCACGUGAUGCAGACCGAGGAGUACCCUUCAUCACACGACGACUACAGUCAGAGUCGUCCUCCGCUCAUGAACGGCUACGGCGGAGGAGGAGGAGGAGGAGGCUCCUCGCACGAGCCCAAGCCCGAGGACCUGAGCGCGGGCGAGCCUCAGGACGUGAAGCCCAACCUGUACAACCUGAAACACGAGCUGCACGCCUCCGACUACUCCAACAAAGGAGACUACCAGACGUCCGGCAAGGAGCCCGCCAGCCGCGUGUGUGACAACACUCCUCACGACGAAUACUCCAGGGACGAGCGGUACAGACACGGACACGACGAGGCCGAGAACCUGUCGCUCAACGAGCAGAGGAGCGACAAGUAG